AUGGCUUCAGACCCAACGCCCGUUCUAUUCCACUACUCGUUUUCGCCAUAUGCAAGACGGAUUGCCUGGUAUCUUACUCUCCGUGGAAUCCGGUACAAGCAAUGCAUGCAACCACCAAUUAUGCCACGGCCGGACCUGGCUGCGCUCGGCGUCCAGUACCGUCGAAUUCCCGUCCUGACCAUCGGGAAGGAUGUAUACUGUGACACCCGACUGAUUCUGCAAAAGCUUGAAGAACGCUUCCCCGACGAAAGGCUUGGUGCCGCCGAUUCAGACGGCGAAGGGAAAGCGAUAGAGAACCUGCUUGAGUCAUGGACGACGGAUGGGGGACUCUUCCUCAGUGCCGUCCUAUUGAUACCACGAAACAUCCCACUGACCAAGGACCCCAAGUUCGUAAAGGAUAGGGGCUCCUUUUUCGCCGGGCAGAAGUGGGAAAGGGGGGAUAUGACGAGUUUGCGGGGCGAGGCUCAGGUUCAGAUGAAGCGGGCUUUCGAUUUCUUGGAAUCAACUUUACUUGCGGAUGGGAGGCAGUGGCUACGCAAGACAGAGAAGCCUACCCUUGCAGACAUACAAGCCAUCUGGCCUCUUGAUUGGGCUGUUGGCAUGGGCUCCUUGGAUGGUAACAUCAUUUCUAAGACCAGUCAUCCUAAAGUAUUUGCUUGGAUGGCCCGAUUCAGACAGGCUCUGUCCAACGCGAAGGCAAGGAUGGAGAAGGUGGUUGUAUCUGGCAGUGACGUGCUUGACGGACUCCAGCAUGAGGCGUUUGCUGAGGAAGAGGGCAAAGUUGAUGAGUCGGAUCCACUUGGGCUCCGAAAGGGUGAGAAUGUCACUGUCUGGCCUACCGAUUCAGGCUCAACCCAUCGGGAUACUGGGACGCUUGUCACCUUGAAUUCAAGGGAGAUAGUAGUGCAGCGCAAGACAGCAGAUAGCCGGUUUGAUAUCCGCAUCCACUUUCCGCGUAUUAAUUUCAGAGUCGUCCCGGCCGCCAGCUCACGAGAUUCUAACCUGUGA